AUGUUCGAUAUUGGUAAAAAAAUAACUUCAAAGUCGCGAAAUUAUAAAGAUUUUCUUUUGCAAUGGAAACGAAUCACAAAACUUUCUUAUGAGAAGAUUAAAGUUCUGCAUGAAUCUUUGCAAAAUGAUUUGAAACUUGGAAAGGCAUUUUUGAUGGAUUCUAAACUGUGGAUGGGUUUAAAUGGAAAAGAAGUUUAUUCAAGAUAUCCUGGCAUAAUCUUCCUAGACUCAUACAAGGGACCUAAACUAAUUCUAGAUGAAUUUAAUGUAAAAGGCAUCACUGAGGCAUCAUUAGAUACUCUGGAAAUGGUUUAUGAAAAAAUGAUCACCAGUAUCCAUGUUCUAUGUCUCAACAUGACCAGGUAUGGAAAUAUAGACGAUGGUGGUUGGGAAGUCUGCACCUCUCAGCCCUACAAUCUUCAAGAGGGCUGCAGUGUUUUUUCAUUUGGAAUAAAUUUUGACUUCAGUUUUGAUGAUGACAUUGGCAUAUCAAAUAAUUGCUCUGUCUUUUCCUUUGAUCCAAGCAUGUCCUCUGAAGACCACGUUAGGUCUGACAAUGUUUAUUUCUACCAGAUUGGGCUUGGGCCAUUAAAUUCUGUCACCAGAGAUAGAUGGAUUGUUAAAUCUUUCAGAAGUAUCAUUGAAAUUCUUCAAAUACCUAAUAAUGUUAUAGAUGUCCUCAAAAUUGACAUUGAAUAUGAUGAAUGGGAUAGCCUAAGAAUGAUGAUUAAUGAUGGCAGCUUACUGAAUGUUAAACAGUUGCUCUUUGAAGUUGAUUAUGAUAUUGAAAUGUUAGAAGGUGAAAAUUUAGUAAAUGCUAACAAAUAUCUGGAUCCUAAGAAGUAUUGA